ACGACGGUGACGGUGUCGACCCGCAGGAGCAGCACCCCCGACCUCCCCAGCAAACCCCUCCCCUUCCCCGACCGAAUCGACCCUAACUUCAGCCCUAAUCCUGACCCUGAACUCAGCAAUGCCCUGCGUCACAACUCUCACCCUCUGAGCCUUAACCCCCUUACUCGGAGCUUUCAGCCUGACCCUUGACCCUCUACUUGUCUUCACCCUCUGACCCGACCUACCGCCACUUAUUAUCCUCCACCACUGAUCGUAACCACCCACCCACCCCUCACUCUCUGACCUCUAACCCCACCCAGCGUGUUCUUGCCACUGACCCCCUGACCCCAUUCUGUCCGGCAACAUGCUGCCCUGCAUCAUUCGGGAGUUUGACCUCCCCCGUGCCCUGGAGCCAGGAGGCUCCCUCCCCAACCUCAACGCAGUGGGGGUGCAGGGUCGCUGCCUGGGUCUCUUGAUUCCCAGCCCCGCGGCCACCGUCAGCACCUGGGAGACAGCGCAAGACCUCGGCUCUGGGCUGGAUACCAAUUGCAACGGGCCCCGGGUAGCUGGCUGGUCCUGGAGCUGGUCCCAGAGGGGAGCAGAGGCCUCCCUGACACCACCCUCCUCACCACCCUCAUCCUCCCCCUCCUCGGGGACCUCAGAGUCUUUGGACUCUCCACCCUCAAAGGCCUCUCUGGCAACAGGGCCUGUAGAGUUCCCAGCCUCCCCUUCCACAAGUCGCUCCCCUCUCCCCACCUCUUCAGAAUUCCCAGAUACCCCGUCGUCUAAAGCCUCCCCAACAAAUACUGCCACUGAAUUCCCAGACUCCCCUUCCCCGAGUCUUUCCCCAUCUCUGGGUCCCUCAGAAUUCCCGGUUACUCCCUCCUCAAAGGCCUCCCCAGCUACUGGGUAUUUAGAAUUCCAAGGCUCCCCUUCAAUGGAUUUCUCCCCAUCUCCAGGUUGCUUGGAAUUCCCAGAUACACCAUCCCUAAGGGCCUCCCAAGCAACAGGGCACGUAGAGUUCCCGGUCUCCCCUUCCCUGGGACGAUCCCCCUCUCUAGGUCCCUCAGAAUUCUCGGAUGCUCUGUCCUCAACGGCCUCUCCCACAAAUGCUCCCACAGAAUUUCCGGCCUGCCCUUCCCUGGAACAUUCCCCAUCUCCGGGCCCCUCAGAAAUCUUGGAUACUCCAUCCUCAAAGGCCUCCCCAGCUCUGGAACCCUCAGAGUUCCCUGCCUCCCCUUCUCUGGGACUUUCUCCAUGUCCGCAUCCCUCAGAAUUCCCAGAUGCCCUGUCCUCAAAAGCCUUCCCAUCUGUGGGAUUCUGUGAAUUCCCAGACUCCCUUUCCCUAGGGCCAUCCCCAUCUCCGCAUUCCUCAGAAUUCCAAGCUUCCCAGUCUCCGCACCCCUCAGAAUUCCAAGCUUCCUCAUCUCCGCAUCUGACAGAAUUCCCAAACUCCCCAUCUCCACAUCCCUUGGAAUUCCCAGACAGUCCGUCCUCAAAGGCCUCCUCCUGUCUGGGACCCUCUGAAUUGCCAUCUUCUCAGGGAUCAACUUCCUCCCCAGAGGCCCCUGGGUUCCCAACCUCUCCCUCCCCAGGGGUCGCCCCUCCACCUGAGCAUUUGCAAACCCAGGACCCAGCUAUCCCAGGGAGUGGUGUGGGAUCCACACCCUUCCGCCCCACAGGAGCCUCCCCUGCUCUUUCCACCCAGUCCCACUCCCCCACUUCCUCAGCGCACCUGGAGACCCUGGGUCAGGGGUCAGACAGGCCCCGGGUCACCACCUUUCAUGAACUGGCGCUGCGGAGACGCCGCCCUCCGCCCCCGGUGCCCCGACCCCCAGCUCCGGACACCCGCGGAGUCACUGGACCCCCACCGCCGGUGGUCACCUUCCGGGAGCUGAGGUGGAGGGUCCGGGCAGCUACCCUGGGGUCCCAGGAGGCAGGAGCGGAGCAGGGGAACAGUGGAGAGCGGGGCAAGGCGGAUGGGGGAGCCAAGCCGGCUGAGGAGGCCUCCCCCCUGUGCGCUGUCCACCAGCGCCCGCAGUCCCUUCCCCUCCAGCCCGUCCUGUUGUGCCUGUCGUUCCCAACGCCCAGCCUCUCCCCUGUCCCCCUUCCCCCGGCUGUGGACGGACAGUCUGAUCCUCAGGCCGGCCCGUGUCCUGGACGUCCCUCGCCGGUCGGGGCGUACACUCCCCCUCAGCGAGGGAGACUUCCGCUGUCCCUGGCCCUGUCUCCAGGCCUCGGCUCACCGUGCCCCCCCACCCGACCCAGGGCAUGGAGCCUCCCCUCCCCCCUGAUCGCCCCCACCCCUGUCCGCCUCCUCCUCAAGGAGCCGUCCCCCCUCGGGCAGCUCCUGGGCCUGGCCCCUGCCCUCCCCACCCUGAUGGAAGCUGCUCGGAGAGACGGCGGAUCGGAAGGUGCGGGUGAAGGGUCCGCCGUUUGGAACGCUGGCACGGCUGGGAGCCAUCCUUUACCUGGGGAUCCCUGUGCAGGACAGUGUGGGAUGUCUGAACCGUCCUCAAGCCCCCCUCUCCGUCCACCCCACCCUGGGGACAGAGCCCCUCCGUUCAGUCGACAACACAAGAAAGGACUGGUGUGGGCGGUCAGUGUGGCCGUGGACGAGAUUGUUGCUCACUUCAGCGCCGCUCGGAACGUGGUGCAGAAGACGCAGCUGGGGGACAGCCGCCUCACCCCCCAGGUGGGCCGCCUGCUGUUGUCGGGCCUUUGCCCCGCGCUCUCGGCGGUGAUUUGGGACGGGCUGAAACCCUACCGGCAGGACCUGAUUGUCGGGCGGAGGAGUACCUCCCCCUGGUCGGUGGUGGAAGCUUCAGUGAAGGCAGAUCAGUCCAUGGGGAAACUGUACAAUCUGGUUCAGCAGUUUGACCAACUCUCCCAGCUCAAGAGCUCCCAGAAGAAGUUCAAUGCCUUCAUAUUUACACUGUUAAACCUCAAGCUGCUUGACGUCUGGAUGGUGUCCUUGUACGGCUGCACAGAGGUCUUGAAGACACACUACACGCCGUCGGCCUUCCUCUGGGCGGCCCGCUCCUCGGACUGCGGAGCGUUCGAGGAACUCCUGCUCCUCCUCCAGCCCCUGUCUGCCCUCGCCUUCCAGCUGGAUCCGCUGUUUGAGUACCACCACCCCCACCAGUUCCUGGCGAGGGGCAGCGCCCGGGAGCGGGAUCCGGUCCAGGAGGACGGGGAGAGGCGGCUCGGGAAUGGUCUGGGGAGCGAGGAGGGAGCCCCGACCAGCGGGCCAGCGGCCAGGGAGCUGCCAGGGGAAGCAGAUGGCUACCGGCUACAGGAGACGUUUGAGCAGGUGUCCCGCUGGGCGGGGAGGCUGGCGCGUGCCAUGCUGGAGCCGGGGCCCCGCCAGGAGUCGGAGGAAGACCGCAAGCCAGCCCCGGAGACCCGGGUCGGGGAGCCAGGCUGGUGGGUGCAGCUGAGCGAGAGCUGCCAGUUGUACCGUACCCCACCAGGCCCUGGCGCGCGGUGCAGCGUCGCAGGAGGCCCUGGGAGGCAGCAGGAGGCCAGGCCGCUGCAGCUGGCUUCGCUCUUUGGCGCCAGGAUCCCCUCCACCUACUCCCCUGGCGAGGUGGAGGCGCAGAAACCGUCCGGGCAGCGGCGCAGGCUGCCCUCGGAAUGGCUGUGGGUUAACAUCGAGCGCCUGUGGGGAGCCCCACAAGUGGAGAAGUCCGGCCCCCACCCCACUGGACUGGCAGAAACGAAGCCACCGCCCCAGAGAGCCAGCAGAGCAGUGAGGACGGUGCGGACUCUGUGCGACCACACGGCUCCAGAGCCAGGACACCUCGGCUUCCAGAAGGGUGACACCCUGGAGGUUUUGGGCAACGUGGAUGAUGCCUGGAUUCGUUGUCGACGUGGAGAUGCCUUGGGACUGGUGCCCAUCGAGUACACAUCGCUCGUCUAGCUGCGCCUGGCUGGGGGGCCCACCGACCACUGUACCACAGGGUCCCGCUGCCCCUGACUGUCAGUGGGAUUUCUGACCCUCAUCCAGGGCAAGUCUUAAGGCUCUGCUCCCACCCACACCAUUCCCACUCAAAGCCUUCCUCCCAUCCCCUGGAGGAAGGAAUUCCUGCUGCAGUGACCCUCUUCUGGGAAGAAGUUCCUGAGGGUGAUGACCCAGGGGAAGGAAGUCCCUGCUGCACUGACCCUCUCUCGGGUGAUAACUCUACCCAGGGAAACCGGUUCCAGCCACCUCCAGGGAGGAAGGAAUUCAUGGUGUACCGACCCCCUCCAGGGGAAGUUCUUGGUGGUGAUGACUUCAGGUUUAGAGUUUUCUUCCAUUCCACCCCUCUCCGGCGAAUGGGUUCCUGGAACACCGAUCUUCCCCAUGCGCCAAUGUCCAUCCCUCCUGCAUGUGCACUCUCCUCGAAGUGGGAUUGGACCCACGUCUCAAAUAUGACUGAUGUCUGUCUGUGUAUAGGACCGUGACAAGAGAAACCACCCACCCCCGCCCCCACUCUCCGUGUCCGUCUCUUGCUGUAAAACUGGAUUCCAGUACAUGUGAACGCUGCUCUUCAAUAAAAUGCUGUGACAACGGCGUUUGGCUGUUUGUGCUGAUGGCGCUCUG